AUGGCGAAGCACCUGGUGGCUGAGAAGUUGGCACCAUUCUUCGGCCAGGGAGGCGACUUCACGGUGGUGGUGGAGGAAAGUGCUCUUGCUGGGAGUGUGGAAGACUCUGAGGAAGCGCCCAAACGGACGGAGUUCAAAGUUUGGUCCGUGAUCCUCUCGUGCUGGUCAGAGGUCUUCGACACGAUGAUGAAGCAGGAAUUUGCGGAGAGCUCCAAGAAAGAGGUGGUGAUCAAGGACUUCUCCAGCUUCGCCGUUGAGACCUUCUUGAAGUUCCUGUACAAGGGCACUGUGGACGCACCUCCAGAAAUUGUUUGUGAAGUGAGUGCCGUCGCAGACAAGUACCAAGUUCUGGAGUUGAGAAAGCUGUGCGUGAAGAUGUUGGAGGAUGCAAUCGAUGUGCAAAACGCUUGGGUCAUCUUCCAGAGUGCAGAUCGUUUUCACUUGCAAGGGAUUCGUCAGAAAAGCAAGGAUAAGAUAUUGAUUGAAGCCGAAAAGGCAUUUGAAACCCGACCCUUGGUAAGGGAUGAACUCUUGGAAGAAGUGUUGGUUUCCGACUUGAUGUGCAUCACAAAUGAGAAGUUGGAGUCUCUUCUCCGAAAGUGGGAUGCCCCGGAUGCAACUAAUCGCUGGGCUCUCGUUGAUAGGUGGGUAUCGACGGCAAAGAUGCCCAACCGUAAAUGCGGUGAGAGCACUGCCGACCUUCUUGUGUCAGAAGCCGAUUUGAUAAGUUCUGUCAAGGUAAGUCAUUCAACCAGGAAACAAGAGCAGCUGUUUAUUUUGCAAACUGGGUCUCUGUUAGCUUCUCCCUGGCAGACUCUCGAUGGCUUGGCUACCUUUAUCAAGUCGCAUCAGGCGUCACCCCCCUUGGCAUCAACCCUGUCCUUAAGCUCCAAGCAGGUGACUGGAUCGAGUGGCGGCUACCAAAGUUGGCAGUGCAUCUCAUUGCCAUCAAGUUCACAGAAGGAUUGAAGAACAGCGACCAUCUCGAGGUUUUCUGCGCUGCAGACUGCUCAGGAUGGCAUUGUGUAUUCUCCUCCCAAGAUUAUGAUGGUGUGCAGAAAGGCACAGUUGUGACAUGUGGAUGUGAUUUCUUGGUUCAACGGUUCAAGGUUCACAUGGUUUCGGGUGAUUUGUUCGUGUUUAACCUUAAUUUUGAAUGUAUUCUGCGCGAAGUCUAGGCCAGCUAAGAGGCAGCGCAAAAUUCAUUCCGCUUCCAGCUCGGAAGAGGAGCCUCUAUCCAUGGAGUUAUGCUGUGCAAUCAGAUAGAAACUUGCAGCCAACCCUCUUUUUGGCGCAGGCAGAUGGACACAGAAAAACAGAAAAUUCCAUUUGCAGAUAAGCCAGCUGGCCCAGAUGUUCAGAGUUUGUGUUCGC